AUGUUCAAGAUCACAGCUAUCGUUUCGUUAUUGCUUAUUGCGACUUGGUCGCAGGCAGACUCUAAACGCCAUAAGAAAGAGGCCACAGCAUCAUCUGAUUUCCCAUCAGGCAGCACACUCUGGGCAGCCAGUCUAUCAUGCGACUCCUGCGGCAGUGAGUGCGCGUCUGCGUGCGGCACCAGGCACUUCAGGUCCUGCUGCUUCAACUACCUUCGGAAGAAACGAGGACCUGAUACUGUGAAGUUCUUGGCGCAAAAUCAAGAAAAUAUGAAGGAAACACAACCUCGUUCCAAACUACCAAUGUUUGUCGUCGAAAAUAUUCCAGUUCCAGAACAGUGGAUCUCCAACAUGCUGGCCAACGAAAACCAUCCUUACUCAAUAGAAGAUGUGGUCGAAAAUCGAAUGUACGACGCUUAA